GGAAGUUUCUCCUUGCAAGCAACUUAUCUUGAAGCUACACAGAUAACUCAAGCAAAAGGGUUGGACAGCUCCAGUGUUUUGAGUGAGCAUGGACAAACCAGUGUGUCUGAUCAACACAGACUCAGAUGGGAAGCUGUGUGUGCAGCCGGCGGCGCUGCAGGUCUUGCAGCAGAUCCAGCAGCCGGUGGUGGUGGUGGCCAUGGUGGGUCUCUAUCGCACUGGGAAGUCCUACCUGAUGAACCGGCUGGCUGGGAAGCAAACAGGAUUUGCGCUGAGCAGCAGAAAUGAAUCCAGGACAAGAGGUAUAUGGAUGUGGUGUAUGCCCCAUCCCAUUAAAGCAGGAACCACUCUGGUGCUGCUGGACACUGAGGGACUGGGAGACGUGGAAAAGGGCGACUCAAAGCGUGACACCAACAUCUUCUGUCUGGCUGUGCUCCUGAGCAGCACUUUGGUUUACAACAGCUGUGGGGUGCUCGACAACAGGGCUAUGGAGGAGCUCCAAUAUGUUACUGAACUAAUAGAGCACAUCAAGGUCAAACCAGAUGAAGAUGCUGAAGAUUGCACUGAGUUUGUAAAGUUCUUCCCUAGGUUCAUCUGGUCUGUGAGGGACUUCACCCUUGAGCUAAAGAUAGAGGGCCAAGAUAUAACCGAGGAUGAAUAUCUAGAGUUUGCUCUAAAGCUGAAACAUGGCACUUCGAAAAGAGUAAUGGAGUAUAACCUUCCCAGGGAGUGCAUCCAGAAAUUCUUCCCAUCCAGGUCGUGCUUCACCUUCCAAUUACCAACCACUCCAGAGAAAAUGUCCAUUCUGGAGAGUUUGAGUCCAGCUGACCUCUCCCCUGAGUUUCUGGAGGUCACCAAACGUUUCUGCAAGUUCGUCUUUGACAAGAGCGAAGUGAAGCGACUGAAAGAUGGACACACAGUCACUGGCAGAGUUCUGGGUAAUCUAACAAAGAUGUACGUGGACACCAUCUCCAGUGGGGCUGUGCCUUGUCUGGAGAACGCAGUGACGGCCAUGGCUCAGAUUGAGAACGAGGCCGGAACGGUGGAGGGUCUGGAGGUGUACCAAUCAGGAAUGGAGAAGCUGAAGAGCUCCUUCCCCCUGGGGCUGACGCAAGUCUCCUUAGAGCACCAACGCCUCAGCAGCAUGGCUACACAAGCCUUCAUGGCUCGAUCAUUCAAGGACACUGAUGGAAAGCACCUGAGGGCUCUCGAGGGGAAAAUCAGUAAGCUCUUUGAUGCAUACCUGUGUCAAAAUGAGCAAGUGGAAAUGGAGACACACUGUAAUCUUCUCCUCUACAUGCGCUGUAAAGAUCCUCUCAUUCUUCACGUCUACUUCUUCCCAGUGAAUGAUACUCGCUCUAAAGAAAUUGUAGAGCAGAAUGAAAGAGCAAGUCUUUCCAUCAGCCAUCCCAGACCUGACAAGCCGUUUCGGGUGAAAACUCCGCAUGUCCUCGAGGUUCCUGGGGCAUCUGUCUAUCCUGAAGAGGGCAUUUCAUUCAGAACAGACGUCGAGCCAAACUUCUUCAAGGUCAGGAAGCUUCAGGUCGAUGAUGUACAAAUGAAUCUCGUCCGACAGAAAGACAAGAUGUCUGUAUGGACUACCACAAUAUGGAAAGAUGAGUUUGUCCUCUUAAAGCAAGUCCAAGAUGAGCUGAAACUGAAUUCUGAGAUUGAAAAGAAAUAUUUUUUUGAUGCACACAGAUUGGCUUUCAUUGAAAGAGUUACAAAUGUGAAGAGCAUUGCGGAUAAACUUCGUGACCAGGGAAUAAUUCAUAAAGAAUUAUAUUCUGAAAUCACACAGACUAAUGUAACCAUUGAGCAGAUUAUGAGAAAGAUUUAUGACUCUGUGCAUUCAGGUGGAAGGAAAGCAAAAUGUAAAUUCAUUGAUAUUCUUCAGGAAGAAGAGCCCUGCCUCCUUGAAGACCUGAUUCGCUCUGAUUCCUAAGUUUGUAUUGUGCUUUAGAACAGGAACUGCGUAUAUUCUCAGCUAAGAUAUGCUAAAGCUUAAUUGUUUGAUGCACGAGAGUCAGAUGCAUUGAUUUGCACACUGAACUGAGCUGUUAAUUUGAGCAUGUACUUCACAAUUACCUGAAGAUUAGACUCAGUCAGUGGUAACAUUUAUGCAAACUAAAUGAAUUCAUGAAGUUAACUGGAAUACUAAUAUGGUCAUCUUAAAGGGAUCAGCUCACAGGAAAUUUAACAGUCUGUUAUUAUUUACUCCCCCUCAUAUUGUUUCACCUUUGGACCACAGAUCAUCUACGUUAUCUUAGAUGAAAUCCAAGAGCUCUCUCAUCCUCAAUAGUCAGCAAGGGUCGUGAGACCAUGCGAAUCUAAGUAAUCAGAAUCAACAAAACACUGUGCGUGGAUGUUCAUACGAAGCUCCAAAAACACUUCCGUGUGCCAAAAACUGUAUGGAUCGAGAAGAAAUAAGCAAGACUAAUAGGAACAUUUGGAGAACGCUUCAACCACACGAUCCACUGUGAAAUAUGAAUGUAAAUCAGUUGUGGUGAUGCUACGAAAUGUGUUGGUUUAGUUGUGGAAUGACCAAACUAAAGCAGUUCUAAUAGUACAUUAUUUCCUGCUGGUUAAACCUGUCGUUUAAUAACUCUGCCUAAAUGGGUCUACCGUGAGAUAAUGGGCACAAUGCUUAUUGCAUCAAGACUACAAGGUGAAGAAAAAUAAUAAAACAAAGACCAUCGAUAAGUCUUAAUAAAGGUGUUGAUAACUUUUUUAGCUACAGUUUAUUUCCCUGCAGGCACAGGACGUCAGCCCCAACAUAUGUAAUCCUCUCACUUAAAUGUUUACGUUUGCAUUUGAUAAGAGCCCCAUCCUUUAAAAGACAGCUUCCUCUCUGAUCUCCAGCAGAGACACCCAAACUGAGUCUGCAACACACCUCUUAUUAGAGAGAGGACAAGGGGAGUCAUGACUGCUUGUGCUCAAUACAUUUCUUGUGUAACCCCCCACCCCCCAAAACAAGCCCUCAGGUACAAUAUUAAAUGUAGACAUUACCCUAAAUUCCAGAGUGCAAAAGGCAUCAUCAGCAUACUUUAAAUUCAGACCAGGUCUAAAGCCAGUUGUGAAAUCCAGGUGAGGUCCCAGGAUCCUCCAAGAAAUAAGACUGUUGGAUGCUGUAUUGCUGGAAUAAGAAUGACUGGAUUAGAGGUGUUUGUGAAAAAAAUUGUUUGUACAAAUAAAGUUGAUGUUCCCUGCA